AUGGGAGGCAUCGACAUGCUCACCUCCUCGGCAACCCAUCUCUCAGCUGCGCAUAUGCAGCGUAGCGACAGUGGCUCGCAAUCGCACAAAAAGCCUUCCACCGCCGCUUCGCACCAUGCUUGGCGCCCGGUCGAGUAUGACACCCAUCGUCAGAUGAACCAAUUCUUCGGCGAGACGCCCUUGCAAAGACGAGAGCGCUAUUUGCACGUCAAAGAUGCUUCGAGCGGCAAGUGGUGGUUUGACGAGCAGGCUCGCAUGCCUACCACUCCAGGAGGCGGAUACAACUCAGCACCCGAGUCCCCUUCUACGACGCCAAGCCGGGGCCGCACCAUGACGCGGAGGCGCGGCUCCUCGGUCAAUCUGUUGAUGGGCAACAAACCUCUGGAGGUGGUCAGCCCAAGCAGUGGCGGCGCGCCUUACUACCAGUGGGAACUACUUCGCGGUGCCGGUGAGCAGGGGGAUCACUUCCUCGCUGGUCUCAACAUCGAUACGAGGGCCGAGCAGAGCGAUACGGCUGCGGUACGCCCACGCGUCAAGCGAAGCCAUAGCGCGGUAGAGCGGCUCAAUCUGAUCCCUGAUCGUUUGCCUGGGACGACGACGACCGCUUUUGACGAGGCUAAGCAGCAGGCAGACGGCGACAACAGUGACGUGGACAUGAUCCGUCUUCCAGCAUAUCUACCUUUGCCUCAUCGCCACAUCCCCGAAAAGGAGGUCGCGGACGCAUUCCACGUUCCUGCCUCUACAUCUUCGUCAUCAACAGCGGGCGACCUCACCACCCUCCAACGUCGACGCUCGGUCGGCUUCGUGGACCUGCACCCAAACGUCCAGAGUGACAGGGCAUCAAAGUCAGCUCGUACCCCGCGUCCUCGCCCCGCCAAGCUCGACCUCUCCCUACCCGGGAGUGGGGGAAGCAACUUCAAACGGUCUAGCAUCCUCCUCGCGACCAAGCAGGCGUCAGAACGCGCUUUCGGUUCGCCAAUGGAGUCGCCGACCAUGAUACGGGCCUCGCCUUGCUCUCCUCGCGGGAUUUUUGAUGAAGACGACGGCAAAGAGGUCUUUGGCCACCAUGCGGACCGGUGCAACGAACCAGAAGGCUCGCCCGAGUGGCUCAGGACGCCAUCGCUGCGAAGUCAGCAACAAGUCACGGGUCGCUCACCGCAAUCAGCAACUUCCUCUCCAAUAGCUCCCUCGUCGCCACGCUCAAGCACAUCAGAGCGCACUUCUCCCUUCAGCAGCGUCCGCGCCCUUGCCUCCAGGACGCCCCGCUCACCUUUGCGUCGCCCCUGGUCGUCUCACGACGUUUCCCCGACCAAGCCUGUCGCAGCAACAUCAGCAUCAACGAGCCUGAUGGCUGCAGCGAGGAGGCGGUCGAGCUUGAUCAUCUCGCCCACGAGCAUAGGCAUGGCCAUGACUUCUGCAUGCGCCUCACCGGCCCCAUUCACCGACCUGGCAGCUCCCGUUCCAGGUUCACCGGACGGUCUGACGUUGGGCACGACGAAGAAGGGGAGGAGGAGGUCGAUGCCCGUGGGCAUGGCUGUCGACCCUUUUAAUGAGAACGGGACUGCAGCGAAGCCUUCUGGCGGCGAGGUGGAGGCGACGACAGGCAAAGCUUCGCACAUCCUGGGUCUCAAUCCAUUCAAUGCCCACCUUCUGGCCCCCGCUGGACUCCCUACAGGCGAGGCAGCGUAUGACCGUGUCGGGCUGAUCGCUGGCGCCAGCAUGAAGCUCGACAGUGACGAUGAGGAUGACGGAGAGGACGAAAGUCAUAGCGGCGGUCGAAGCGGGCGCGCUGUCAGCGAGGAAGCGUCUGCUACUUCGAGCAGGAAGAGGGCCACAGCAGCUGCAGCGGACGGAGGCAAACGUGUGGUCAAGAAGUUCUUUCGCGUUAUUGGCGCCUAG